AUGGACGAGACGGGAGUCAUGUUGUCGAUGCUUGGCUCUAUCAAGGUCCUUUUAGAUAAGGACGAUCCGCGAGACUAUAGAGGCGCGGUCGUCAAGCGCACAACGGUUACCGCUAUUAAGUGUAUUAGUGGAAACGGUAGGUUCUUGUCACCUAUGAUUAUUUGGCCAGCUACUACCCAUCGAAGUAACUGGACCACAUUCCCCACCCCUGGAUGGCACUAUGCGAUCUCUAACUCGGGGUACACCGACUCCAAGAUUAGCUUAGAGUGGCUCAAGCGCGUGUUUAAUCCCCAAACUAGAGAGCAGGCUAACCAGAAGCCGCGGGUAUUGAUCUGUGACGGCUUCGGGAGCCACGAGACCCUCGAAGCCCAAGUGUUUUGUUUCGAGAAUAGUAUUAUCCUGUAUCGCCUCCCCUCUCACACCUCCCACAAGCUGCAGCCCUGUAAUGUCAGCGUAUUUACCCGCUUGAAGGACGAAUACCGGGACGAGGCUGAAAGACUAUUCCAAGGAGGUGCGAACACGGUCGGCAAGCAGCAUUUCACCUCUCUAUAUAGCCGUGCAAGAGAAAAGGCGUUUACGAAGAGAAAUAUCAUGGCCGGGUAG